GUUUGUAUGUGCUUGGUACAGUCAGUGGGCACUAUGGCGCUGGCCAGGCUUGGUAGAUGCUGUCGGUCGUUGGUUCGUGAACCCGUGAAAGGACUGCUUUGUGGGGUUGUACAGCCAGGUUCAAUUGAAGGCUGCGUAGGAGGUAAGACAAACUAAUCUCGUCGAUACAUACUUGUGUGAUGCACGGCUGGUCUGGUCAAACAGCCUGGUUUACUGUUAAAGAAGCUAAAUCAACAUAGCAACCUGUGAUGAACCCACACGCAUGUUGACACGCAUGUUGAUGCAGUACAGGGCAGUCGCAUGGGUUUAUGUUGUUACAGUAUGUUGGUCCUUUUCUUGUAUGAAUGGACUCGAAGUUUCUUGGAGUUUACAAGAGUCUGAAAAUGUGUUUUUCCGCAGCGAAAAGGCAUCUAUUAUCAGAAGAUAUAAUCAGACUUCAAGACUUCCAGAAAAGGAAACUGGAUGUACGUCAUCUCGCAGGUGAAGUACUCCCCUUCACUGGCUGGAAGCUACAGUUUAAUUUACUGUUUGAAUAUCCAUCUUAACCCAUAUAUAUAUAUAUUUACCUCAUUUUACAGAAGAUGGUUUUGAGAUGGUCAGCCAGAAGCUGCAAAAAAAUGAAGUGAUACUGAAAGACGAUCUGAAGCUUCUCCUUCACUUGUGCCAGUCUGCAGCUGACAUGGUCGUAGUCAAGGAUGCCAUGUAUAGGUAAGAUGAUGGUUUUGUGAAGCAAAAAGACAUGUAGACAUGUACAAAAUGUAGAACCAGCGGACCAGAAACAAGACCCAAAAACCUCACCUCCAUGUCCAAUCCAAUCCGCUUUAUUUAUAUAGCACAUUUAAAAAAAACAUUCAAGUCCACCAAAGUGCUGCACAAUAAAAUUAAAAGAACAGACAAUGCUGAAAACAUCAAGAUGAAAUAAAUAAAAGCAGGUAAAAAACAUUUAAAAUGAAAUGAAAUAAAAACACAAAAGCAUAAAAGAAAUAAAAGUGAUAAAAGGACCAUAAAGGACAUAAAAGGACAGAGAUCACACAACUCUCAUGCUGAGCUAAAAGCCAGGAAAUAAAAAUGAGUUCUAAGAUGUGAUUUAAAAGUAGAAAGAGUGGGGGAUGUUUUGGUCUCGAGUGGCAUUUUGUUCCACAAUUUGGGAGCCACAGCCGAGAGAGCUUGGUCGCCACGGGUCUUUAGACGAGUUUUUGGAACCAUGAGUUGGAGCAGAUCAGCGAACCUCAAGGAACGUGUGGGAGUGUAAACAUUUACGAUGUCAGUAAUGUUCUGUGGUGCUGAUCCAUUUUAAGAUUUAAAAACUAACAAUAAGAUUUUAAAAUGAAUUCUAAAAUGGACGGGAAGCCAAUGGAGGGGCGCCAGAACAGCGGUGCUGUGGUCAUGUUUUCAUUUACCUGUUAAAAAGUGAGCAGCAGCAUUUUGGACUAACUGUAAGCGUGUGAGGGAAGCCUGAUUAACACCGACGUACAGAGUGUUACAGUAGUCCAACUGUGUGGAAAUAAAAGCAUGAAUGUCUCGCUCAAAAUCAUUAAAAGAAAAAAAUGAUUCAAUCUUGGAUAAAAGCCUCAGAUGAUAAAAACUGGAUUUAACAACGGAGUUGAUUUUUUGAUCCAAUUUAAAAUCAUUGUCAACCUUUACACCAAGAUUUGAAACUGUGAGUUUAAAAAAAGGUACAAGAGGGUCCAGCUCCCUGAGAGGGGUCUCCUGGGCCCCACUGGAGCCAAAGAUGAUUAAUUCGGUUUUGUUUACAUUGACGUUUAAAAAGCUCAAGGCCAUGUGGCUGUCUUUAACGUGCACAUGCCCAAUUUUACAGUAAUUGUAAAGUUUCAAUUGCUUUUUUUUCUGUUUCUGACAUAAAUUUGCCCCAUUGCAUUGUGGUCUUGUUGUUUACAAAACUCAGAGUUGAUAUUGUCUUACUUAAAUGUAUAACUGUACACCAUAGUCUGAUGUGGAUCUCACCCUUGGGUAGACCAUUUCAGCUGGAGAAAUGCAGUGUUUUCUGAUUUUUUUUUUUUAGAUUCCUUAAUUUCGCAACCAGCUGUACUCUUUCUAUCCUAUAUCGGGGCUGUUUUUGCUAUCAUUGUAUGGCCAGGCACAGGUUAGACCUGUAGUAUCAUUUCAAAUACAUACCGUUGAAACCAGAAGUUUAUAUACGCUGUGCAAAGAGACACAUUACACUUUUUUUCUCACUGUCUGAAGUUAGAUCAGACUAAACCUCUCCUGUUUCAGGUCUGUUAGGAUUACCAAAAUUAUUUAACUGCUAAAUGUCACAAUAAUGAAAGAGAAUUUCUUAGAGAAUUUUAUAGUACUUACUUUGAGGUCAAAAGUUUACAUACACACAAAGUAAUAUAUCUUUAAACAGUGUGGGCAACCCCAGAUGAUGAUGUCAAGGCUUUUAAAGCUCCUGAUAGGUUAACUGACAACAUGUGAGUUAAUUGAAGGCACACCUGGGGAUGUAUUUAUGUAUAUCAAACACUCUGCUCUCUUGUUUUAAAUCAUGGGAAAGUCAAAAGAAAUCAGCCAAGAAAUCAGGGAGAGAAUCGUGGAGCUCCACAAGUCUGGUUCAUCCUUAGGAGCAAUUUCCAGAUGCUUGAAGGUGUCACGUUCAUCUGUGCAAACAAUUAUAUGCAAGUAUAAACAUCACAAAUUCUGGUUUCAACUGUACAUAAAGAAACUUUCUAGCAUCAUCUAGUCUGAUAGUCAAGUAUACCUUAAAAAGAACAACUUUAAACUAAAGGAAUAAAUGCCACUGUACUUGUAGGGGAAAGAGUGACGAAGAGACACUGAUUUUCCAGUAAAGAUUCAUUUUUUUUCGUUUUCAUUGGUAUUACUGGAUUACUUGUGUGGAGACCUCUGCUGGUUUAAUAUUAACCAUUAGAAAAACUUGUCAAAAAUGAAAACUAGAGGGAUUCGGCUAUGGAGAGGAGUUUAUCACUUAGACAGCAGCUUCCCUGGUGUCAACUGCAACUCAUCUUGUAAUCUACAUUCAGUGUUAAUUAUCCAAAUAUGUUGCACUUGCUGUGUUGUAUAUCACAAACAUUAGAUAAAGGGAAGUGACCCACUUAACUGAAGAGAACAAAUAUUCUUGAUAUGCUUUUUAUUGUCAUUGCUCAUUAACUGAAUCAUGUUUGAAUGAUCCUUGAAUUUUUGCUUCCAAGUUACCAUGCAGAGAACCAGAAUACACCUCAAGGAGAUUACAAUUUUGGUCCUAUCUUCAUGAGACAGUGUUAUGAGCUGGGUUUGGAGGACAUGGCUGCUUCUACUCUCACAGAUAAGGUAACACAUCCUUAAACCAUACAAAACUGUCACAAUUAGUAAAUGCCAGAAGAAGGGAAUAAAAGACAUGGCUGAUGCUGUUGUAGGCGUAAACCUAGACUGAUAACAUUUCUUCUUCUCCUGUUUGAACAGAACAUGAGAGGAUUCUUCAAAGAUACAACCUCCCAUAAUAUCGUCGUAGACAUGUUAUUCUCAAAAGGCUCUUAUGAAGGUACGUCACAGGUUAACCUCUCAAAGUUUAUUCCUGUAGAGUAAAGAAGCACAAUAUGAAUUUCAUGGUUCAAAUCGGACCAGGGAAGACAUGUAAAAGAUGGUUUUAUUAUUGAAAUUCUGCCGUACAUUUUAAGGUAUAAAUAAUCUCAAUAUCAUCUCAAUGAUUUAUCACACCGGGUUACUCAUUUUGUACACACUCUCACAUCCCCAAUAAUCAGUGCAAGUGCUCAGGGGUAUCGUAAGUUCCUCUUAAUUGAUAAAUGAAGACAGGGUGAAAGUAGGAGGAGAAAAGACCAAGCUACAUUUGAUUCAAAGAAGCCAUACAUGAUGAAGUGUCAAUUACAACACAAUAAAGAUUUAAAGCUCUUGUAGGGUUGUGUGUGUUGAUUUUUUUUCAAUCACAAUGACAAUUUUAAUGUCAUUUAGCACACACUUUUAUCCAAAGUGAUGUACGAAUCAUACACCAGUGGAGGACACACACUGGGAGCAAGGUAGGUUAAGUAGGUCAAGUACUUAGAUGCUGUUUGUAUUCACAGAAACACUGCACAGGUAUUUAUUUUCAUUGAUGAUGAAUUUUCUGUUGAACUGUGUGAGUCGUUUUGGCCCCUCUAUUGAUUGCAUUAAAAGGGGGCUAGGAUUAUGUUGUUUUGAACUUUGGUGCUAUGGAAAAGUUGUUUCUGAGACUUAUAUGUUGAUAAUGCCUUUCAUGAGCAUUGCAUUGACUUGGGUGCAACUUUCAAUUUCAAUUUUGACUUUCACAGAAGCCUUGAAGCUGUUAGGAGACAUGAAGAGCCGAGGAAUAUAUUUCACUAAAGAUACACUGACACUGGCAUUUGGCACCUGCUACAAACUGGUAAAAUGAAUUUCGCAGCAUGCAGAUAUUUUUGUUGCAGUCCUCAUGGUGUGUGUGAAAACAUAUCUUAGUUGUUCUCCUUUGCUGUUUCAUGUUGGACAGAACACACCGGAGUCGUAUAGGAUCUGUACAUCUGUGAUAGAGGAGCAGCAAAGCAAAAGCAGCCUCAUCCCCAGGCAGGCUUACUGCUUUGCUGUAGCACUAGCAAUCAACCAGGUAAGUCUGACCUCUUUCCUGUGUUUCUUUAACUCCUGAAACAGAUGUGGAUGAUAUUGCAAACCAUCCAUCUAACCAACCAACCAUCUGUUUCCUUUUUUGUCCCAGAAUGAUAUUGAAAAGGCAGAACAAUGGUUUUCUCAAAUAAUAAACACCGACAGCAAGUUAUGCCAGAAUUUGAAGGUAAAGCUGCAUCACUUUUAUGUGCUAAAAUAGACAGUAUUUAUUCAGUUCUUCUUGUUCAAUAAUGAACAGUUUUGCAAUUUGUGACUUAGGUGUUGUUGCUAAUAAAGGCUGGAGGAACGAAAAGUGCGCUGGCCAUGCUGUCUGAAGCCUUAUUGCCUAAAAUUCCAGCUUUUGUAAAGAAGACUGAAUUUUCUCUGGAGCUGGUGAGUGAGACUUUAAAGACUCAGAUGUAACUUAAACUCGGAAAAUUAAACAAAACUUGGAAUGGUUAUUAAGCUAGAGGUAUAGAAACUUAAUGUGUCUCCACUUAGUAACACUGCUUCAAAUAAUUUUUUUAAAUUGAAAAAAUUAUGAGAUUAUACUAUUAUACUUCAAAUACGAUAAAACAACCAUCAAACCUCUGUUGAAGAUUACCCCUUUUGUGUGUUUUCAGAUAGACAUGCUAAUACUGCAAAGUGAGGGCGUAAAAUUGAAGGGGCAAGUGGAGCAGAUAAAGACUCGGCUUGUGCAAGCCGGUCAGGUGACCCAGCAGACCCUCGAUGACAUGCUCUGCCACGCACCGUCAGGGAGGAGGAAACAGGGAUCAAUAACUAUGGAGAGGAGAAGAGGCAAAAAAAAUAAAUUUCCACGGUCCACUCUGCUGUCGGAGUGAUGGGAACUGAGCCAUUAAUAAGCUUGCUUCCACUUUAAGAUCUAACAAAUGCUGGACUUGACUUUGAUGAAUUGUUUCAUCUAAUCUCCUGAAACACAAUCAAAGUCCUUCCUUAUACAGAUUCGACUUGUGUCCCUUUUCCCAUGUAACAUCUGAUUAAAAGGCAGUUCAUGUUUCUGCUUCAGUAGAAAGCUGCUGAGAGGAACUCCCACAAGUAAUUCAAAGUAAACCAGUACAGAUUGUUUAGCUGUAAGUGUUGGGAAGAAUGUUUUUGUAUAGAAAUGUCAAGAAUUAUUAAAGUCACGCUGCUAAUUUAAUAAUGAUCAAAAUGUGUUUUGUUUUGCUUUGAUUCGAAAGCUGCUGGUGAAAUCUUAAAGCCUCAGAAUUUUAUAGCUGCUCUUUGCAGAUGAUGUGGUUCUGUUAGCGUCUCCAGGCUGUGACCUCCAGCAGGCAUUGGGGCAGCUUGCAGCUGAUUGCAA